AUGGUGCUUACCAUCGUUGGUCUCGGUCUCUCUGAUGAGAGAGAUAUAACAGUCAAGGGGCUGGAGGAAGUGAAAAAUGCAAACUUUGUCUACCUGGAGGCAUACACGGCGGUUCUUGGAGUUGGACCGCAAAAGCUGGAGGAGUUUUUUGGAAAGAAAAUCCUGGAAGCCGAUAGAACUCUCGUGGAGCAAGGCAGCGACGAAAUGCUCGAACGAGCGCUGACUUCGAAUGUCGCCUUUCUAGUUGUGGGCGACCCUUUCUGCGCAACUACUCACGCCGAUCUGUACUUGAGAGCACGCAAGAAGAACGUGACUGUUAAGGUUAUCCACAACGCCUCCAUCAUGAAUGCCAUCGGCGCGUGCGGUUUGCAGCUUUAUAGGUUCGGAGAGACUGUGUCAAUCCCCUUCUUUGAAGAAUCAUGGCGCCCGGACAGUUUCUACGAGAAAAUAAAGAAGAAUAAAGAUGCGGGCUUCCAUACGCUUUGCCUCCUCGAUAUUAAGACGAAAGAGCAAACCGUGGAAAAUAUGAUGAGAGGAAGACAGAUUUACGAGCCACCCCGGUUCAUGUCCGUACAGACAGCUAUACGCCAGCUGCUCGAAAUCGAAGACAAAAGAGGUGGAAACGUAUGCCUAAGAGAUGCGAAAGCUUUCGGUGUGGCGCGCAUUGGAGCUGCCUCCCAGCAGAUCACCUCAGGGACCCUUGAGGAACUGCUUUCGGUAGACUUUGGUUCUCCUUUGCAUUCUUUGGUCAUUUGCGCGCCUACACUGCACGAAGUUGAAACAGAGUUUUUUGACCUGUUUCACGCGAAAGGUGAAACCGCUCCCGCCUCCUGA